AUGACUGGAACGAUAUCAAGCGCCGGAGCUGUCGCGAUCGCAGUUGGGAACGCUGUCGCUUACGUAUCACUAGCGAUCGCUCUUGCAGCAACGUGGCACUUUCCGAUCCCAUUUGGCUACAUCCUCCUUGUUGGACCCUUUGUGAUACUGUUCUGGGUCUUCGCCAUCGCGGUCAUUGGGCCCCAUCUGAUCAUUGAGUCGGUGGUAAUUCGACAGCAGAUCAAGGCGUUGCUGCUCGUUAUCACGGCGCAGGGGAUAGUGGCGGUGUCCUACCCAGUCUUCACCGCAAUUUUCUAUCGACUUUCCGAGGUAGAGCAGACUUUUUUCAUCAUGGUGAUGCCCCUCAUCAAACUUGUCACGAAACAAAUUAUAGCCCAUGCCACCGAGAGUCUCCAUGCAUACGUUGGGCCCGUUGUGGUUUUCUCCGUGGACGUUUUCAACGUCUUCUACUUGGCAAUUUGCAUGCAAAUCUCCAAAUCGACACUCACAGCCGUCUUGAUGGUCGCUUCCGACAGCUUCCACGUCUUCAUAGCCCUUCGGUCAAUAUUUCGACAAGCCGUCGUGAAGGACGGUUCGUCCCACAAGGCUGGAAUUCAAAACUACCUAAGAGACUUGCCCGAUAAAGUGUGGAACGUGUUCGAAGACCAGCAGCUAGCAAACAUUUGCGGCUGUCGAAUCCGGGUGAUUGCGCCGUUCCCGCUUCCGUUAUCGAAUGAAAGCAUAGCUUUCAUGAACCGCAUCGCCAGGACUAGGCGAGACACGCACAUUUACUCAUCGUCUCAACUCAAAACAUCCAGACGCUCGACAAUUGGAUCAACCAUUAGCUCGAUCACCCAACCUCUAAAACAAACUCAAGGUUCCCCCGCUACCCAUACACAAAAGCUCAAUUCAGAGUCGCGCAACCUGGAAAAGAUUGUUUCUCGCAGAGUUUCGUCGGCAAGAAAGAUACUUGCUGUGGUCCGUUUGAGCUCAAGAACGUCGACAGAUACUGUCCUACGUACUAUUUCGAUCCAAAAGGCAGCGGAGAAGGCCGUUUGGGGCGCGCUUCAGGGUCUUUUACAUGCGGAAUACCUCUUGCUAGCCGAGUACAUCGAAUGCGCCCUGCCGCUUCUGUACGCGGCAUACCUAUCAGUUAUCUUCCAUCUCCCAGUAGCGCCGUGGUACCCGCAGACAGCAUUCCUGGAUCACGAUAAUCUGAUGGCGACAGUGUCCUAUUUGCCAUAA